AUGGCGCCGAUGUCUAGACAUUCACUGCCUAGUCGGCCGUCACGGGCCCAGCCCAAGUCGUCUUUGAAAAGCUCGCGCGCCGGAGGUUCACUGGCCGGUCCUCCUUUGAAGAAGCGCAAGUACGUCCCUGGUGGACCCGGCGGCGGUGGUAGAUUCAUCGAAGUCGAAGUAUCGCAAGAGACCACGCCGAAGAAGAAAGAGAAACCCCCUCGACGGCACUCGAACAGUGCGCGGCCCAGCAGCGCGCGCAGUCGCCCAGUACGCGAGCUCGACCACACCAUGCUUGCCCCUCCGCCACCUCCCCCUGUGCCGACUACACCUCCAUCCGUGACGCGCCCCCGACGAGACAAGAGUCAGAACCGCGGUCGUUUUACGUCCUCUACAGCCGCCGCAUUGGCUCUACAACAGGGAGACGGCUAUAAGCCGCGCGAGGAGCGGGGGUGGGAGGAGUUCCAUCCAGAUCUGGACAUCGAUGGCAAGCUUGCUGUUUUCACUGCCGAGGAAGUCGACACCUAUGAUACUGGCGCGAAUGCCUUGGCUUUGGAUUCAGUAAACGGUGCAAAUGUCCAGGAUUAUUCAGCAACACCGGGCUCCCAGGCCAGUGACUCCCCCGUUCCGUUCAAGCGCCGGCCGGGACGUCCACCGCGUCGCCCUGAAGCCGUCCUCAAUGCCCUCCUCACGCAGCAAGGCCCAAAGAUCAUCCCGCCACCAGGACCGAACCCCCGCGAACGACUGACGCUCCCCAGGCCAUCUUUCCGGUUACGCGAUCCUUUCACAUUCUACGAGCAAAAGGGCCUUGGACAGCAGAACUAUGUGGACCGAACCAUGGCCUCCGUGGGAUAUCAGGAGAGCGACUUGUUCCUUCGACAUGACCGGCGCUUCAUUCGGAUGACUGAAGGUGCGCAGGAAGACGACAUGGACAUCAUCCAGCCAGCAGUAACCGAAGGAGACGCCAAUGCUACCACUGGCCGAGUGGAGUACGACAUGGAUGAGCAGGACGAGAAAUGGCUGGAGGACUUCAAUUCCAAGCGCCGAGCAGACCAACUGGAGCCCAUCAAACCCGCCAUAUUCGAAAUCACCAUGACCAAGAUUGAGAAGGAGUGGCAUGCUCUUGAGAAGCGGAUUCCCAAGCCCAACCCGAAACCCCCUCAGACACACCGCCUACGCUCCAGCUCCGCAGCGGCCGUUAAUGGCGAGACCGCUGGGCCUGGGGAGGACCAGGAUAGCAAGUGCGCUAUCUGCGAUGAUGGCGAUUGUGAAAAUUCCAAUGCGAUUGUGUUCUGCGAUGGUUGUGAUCUGGCGGUUCACCAAGAGUGCUACGGUGUUCCCUUCAUUCCGGAAGGCCAGUGGCUGUGCCGCAAGUGUCAACUGCUGGGAAGAGGAUCUACCAACUGUAUCUUCUGUCCAAAUACUGAAGGUGCAUUCAAACAAACUACUUCGUCCAAGUGGGCUCAUCUACUCUGCUCCAUUUGGAUUCCCGAGGUCUCUAUUGGAAACCCGUCUCUCAUGGAGCCUGUGACCGACGUCGAAAAGGUACCACGCGGCCGGUGGAAGCUCAACUGCUACAUUUGCAAGCAGAAAAUGGGUGCUUCAAUUCAGUGCAGCAACAAGAACUGUUUUGUGGCCUUCCAUGUUUCAUGCGCACGCCGAGCCCAACUGUACCUGAAGAUGAAAAUUGGCCACGGUCUCAUGGAUUCGCAUCUACUGAAGGCUUUCUGCGACAAGCACGUUCCCGAUGACUGGAGACUCGAACACAAUACCGACGUUGCUACGGCCGAUGCGAUGGACUACUACCGCACUACCAUGCACGGCCGACGAUGGGGAGACAGCCAGGCCGCGGCACUCUCACUGGGUCCUUCCGCCUCCGCCGCCGACGACGCUGACCGAGCCAACACCCCUCGAAUCACAAUUACACUGGGCGGAAACAAGCGAAAGCGACCCCAGACCCAGAGGACAAUUUGGAAGCUACCCUCGGGUGCUCCUGUGGUUCCCCAGGUUGUUUUAAACUCGGUGGUGGCCGCCCUCCAACGAUUUACGGUCCGUGGAAGAAAGCAGUAUGCCGAAGAGGCAUGCAAAUACUGGACUUUGAAACGAGAAGCGAGACGAGGAGCUGCAUUGCUGAAGAGACUCCAGCUGCAGCUUGAAACAUUUUCUUCGAUGGAGAUGACGCGACGAGACUAUGUCGCUAUGGGCGUAACUGGUUACAAGCGUCUGGAACGUCGCAAGGAAUUCGGCGAAUGGCUUUACAAGGACCUUGAUCGACUUCGAAUGCUUUGCGAUGAGGUGAAGAAGCGCGAGAGGGAGAAGCUUAAGGAUGCCGAGAUGCUUCGUAGCAUUGUCGACCUUGUCUACUUCCCUACAUUCCCCUUGCUCUGGCCCAUAUUUGAGAAAGCUCAAUUACUUGAUGGAAAGGGCACCUUCGCAGCCGGCCUCCUGUCAAUUCGCAAGCGACUCGAACAACGAUUCUAUCCCUCUGUAGCAUCAUUCUCGGCGGAUUUGGCCAGUCUCUUUACCUCAGAGAUCGGCGUGGGACCCGCGGGUGACACUGCCGAACUGCAAGCUCAAAUUAGUGGCCGUGCCCCAGAGCUCAGUAUCGAGCAGCGAGAAAAGAGGAAGCUCGCUAAGCGGAUUAUCAAAGCUAUUCAGCCGGCCCUUGAGGACGCUAUUCGAAAAGAGAGCGAGCUGAACCGCAAGCCGUUCGAAAAGGAACUCAAGGAUCUGGACGUCAUCCUGGAUCACAGCAUUUUGUCAGCCGAGCAUGAAGGGGAUACAGAAUUCGAUCUUGCAGGAUCCGAUACCAAGCACGAGACUGAGCCUAUGGAGGGUGUGGAGCCAGCAAAGACCGAAGGGUACGACAAGGCGUCCGCAAGGGUGCAAACAACUGGUGACGACGCUGCCCCUGCUGAGAGUACCGUUUCCCAGGAAGGCGCCGCCGAGGAGACAAAGCCAAGUUCUAGCGUGGUCUACCGUCGACACCCUACCCCGGUUCUUUCAGAGGAGGACCAGCAGCUACCUUUGGCCCAAGGUGGUAUCCAAUGGUACAUGCAGCCCUUUGACCCUACUGGUACGACAAUUCACGAGGAACGAUGGACAGGCCGGGAUGUGAUGCGGGGUAUGAGCGAGGAACUUAGCGAACUGGACGAGGAUGAAUUGAAAGAUCUGGUAGAGGACGAGCUGGACCAGGACCCAACAAAAGCGCCGACUGGCGCGUCGGGGAGUUCCAAGCAGGUCCGCCGAACACGUCGUGGGCGCAAGUGA